AUGAUCGACAUAGUGCUGCUACAAGAGCCGCUGAUACAACAGCACAAGGUCUAUGCGUUUGAAGAAAAUAGACAAAUACAUAAAGGCGACCGCGCAGGGGCAGCAGUCAUAAUACUUAAUGAAGAACUGCGAAUAAUAAAUACGAGCGAUUAUGUUGUGACAAUCAAAAUCAGUAAAAAAGACGAAACGUGUGCCAUAACAGUGGUGUCGGCAUAUUUUAAAUACAACAUGCCGACACUCUGUUUCGUUGAGAAACUACAUACAAUAUUAGAAAACGAAAGGCGGGUACUAAUAGGUGCGGACAUAAACGCACACUCGAAACUAUGGCACUGCGCAGACCAAAACGAUAGAGGACGGACGGUGGAAGGCCUAAUAGAGGACCAUGACCUUAGAAUUGCAAACCGACGGACACAACUAAUGGCAUACGAACGUGAGGGAAUGGGAUCGUCAAACAUCGACGUAACCCUCUCCACGUCAAAUAUAUCAGAUCAGAUCAGCGGAUGGUCAGUCUCAAACAAUACUGACAGCGAUCACAACACGCUUAUGUACACAUUAAAAAUCGACAGCCGACGGCUGCCAGAGGGUGUUAAUAACAUGUACAACACAAGGAAAGCGGACUGGAGCAAGUUCACGACGAAACUUCAGGAAAAUAAGCAAGAAAUAGACGAGACCACAAUAAACGCCUUCGCAAAGUCGUUGGUGCGUGCGAUCCAAAGCUCAGCCAAAGCGUCAAUGCCCUCUGGGAGCUGCAAGCGUCGCAGCGGUAAGCAACCCUGGUGGAAUGACCACCUUACCAAACUCAAAAAGAUACUGGAUAGAAAUAGGAGAAAUGGACUAAAUACAACGAAUAAACCAGAGUAUAACGCCUUACGAAACGCGUACCUGAAAGAAAUCAGAUCGGCAAAGAUGGCCGCAUGGAGAUGCUUCUCAAAUGACAUUAACAUUAAUGCGUGGGGCAAGGCCUUUAGGUGGGCCAAAAAAGGAACUAAGCGUCCGAACAUCCUCAGCACCAUGGUGGAUACAAACGGCGAUAUGACCACAACCUGGGAUGACACGGCUGAACUCCUACUAGAGACCUUUUUUCCCCGCAGAAACCGAUAA